CAUGGAACUCAUCUCGUCAAAGAAGUAAACCCACGAAUCGUCAUCGUCUGUUUUUUUUUUCCUCUUUGUCGCCAUGAACGACCUCAUCUCGAGCUCCUUCAAGAAAUACACAGACCAGAAGCAGCAGGCUCUCCUGGGCGACAUCGAGGCUGGUCAGACCGAAUCCGGCAACCUCGACGAAUUCUUCGGCCACGUCGAGGACAUCAAAGAAGACAUGAGGGCUGUCGAAGAACUCCACAAGCUCCUCCAAGAUGCUAACGAGGAGGCCAAGACCGUGCACGAUUCCAAAGCCAUGAAGAAGCUUCGCUCACGCAUGGACUCCGACGUCAAACUGGUCUUGAAACGAGUGAGGACGAUCAAGUCGAAGCUCGAGGCUCUGGAGAAGUCGAACGAGGCUCAGAGAGAGGUCCCUGGGUGCGGUCCUGGCUCGUCCGUGGACCGGACCAGAACGUCCGUCGUGAGUGGAUUGGGCAAGAAUUUGGAGGACAUGAUGGAUGAUUUUCAGAGACUUCGAGCCAAGAUCUCGUCAGAGUACAAGGAAACUGUCGAGAGACGGUACUUCACCGUCACGGGACAACGAGCGGACGAGGAGACGAUAGAGAAGCUGAUAUCGAGCGGAGAGAGCGAGCGUUUUCUGCAGAAGGCGAUUGAAGAACAGGGUCGAGGUCAGAUCAUGGAAACUUUAUCAGAGAUUCAAGAAAGGCACGAUGCGGUGAAGGAGAUAGAGAGAAACCUUGUGGAGCUGCACGAGGUGUUCUUGGACAUGGCGGCGGCUAUAGUGGAGGCUCAAUGCCACAUGCUGAACGACAUAGAGACCAACGUAAAGAGAGCGAGCUCGUUCGUGAUGCAUGGCUCGGACCAGCUUCUAGUCAUGAAAGAGCACCAGAAGAGCUCGAGGAAGUGGACCUGUCUCGCCAUUGUGCUCGUAGUUGUUCUUGCCCUUGUUCUGUUGCUCCCCAUCUUGUCUUCUGUUAUACUUCACUGAUCUGUCCUGGUUC